AUGGCAGCCCGCAAGAUAACCGACACCGCAUGGGGACUCGUUCCACACUUCCCAAGCAGCUCUAUCCGAGACACUGUCAACUUUUACACCAAUGACUUGCACUUUCAGCUGGGCGGCAUAGAUCCAGAAGACGCAGACGAGCCCAACAUGUGCUCAGUAUUCAUCGGCAUCGGUGCGAUGAAGGGCAAUAUUUACUUCUUCCAGAGCCAGCCAGGGGAGAAGCUUCAUCCUGCGAAAGCAAUGAUCGCACUGGGCACUGAGGCUGUCGACGAAUAUCACGACUUGUUGAAGGCCGAGGGAAAGGUGAGGAUUGUCGAUCCCGUCGAGGAUAAGCCUUGGGGUUACAGACAAUUCGAGGUUGAGGAUCCAGACGGGAAUCGUCUGCAGUUCUUUCGAUUUCUAGAAGGGGGAAAUCCCGGCCCCUCCGAUGCUUGA